CACUCAAAAAACAAUAUUUUUCUUCACAUUUCUUUACCUCAACAUUUCUUUCUUCCUCAUUAUCAUUUGUGGAUGGCACGAUUGGCCUCCCUAUUCCAUGGCAAAGAGUUCUAUCUCUUCCUCAACAUAUCCUUCCUUCUCCUCCUUUCUUUCUACCUCGCAUCCCAAUUUUAUCCCUCUGAUUCUCAUUUCCAGCUCAAUCAGUUCAAACAAUCCAGUAGCAACAUAACCUCAUUCAAGAUCCUGUAUGAAUCAACUGACCAAGAUGCAGGCUGCAGCAACCUCCACAGGUACCAUGAUUACAAAGCUAAGUGUGCAUACCUGAGAUCUGAAAAGGGGUGCCAGCCUGAAGGCUACAUAGACUAUCUCCAGCUCUUCUACUGCAAUUGUGGCAGAUACCCAAUAUUGGGUUACACUGUCCUUGUCCUCUGGUUCAUAGUGCUAUUCUACCUGUUAGGUAACACAACAGCCGAUUAUUUCUGUUCCUCCCUGGACAGACUAUCAAUAGUCCUGAAACUUUCUCCGGCGAUAGCCGGUGCCACUCUCCUUUCUCUUGGCAAUGGUGCCCCAGAUGUAUUCUCUAGUAUUGUCUCUUUUGUGGGUACCGGAGCCGGUGAAGUCGGCCUGAAUAGCAUCUUGGGAGGGGCCUUCUUUGUAUCUAGCAUUGUUGCUGGUAUCAUAAGCAUUUUAGUUGGUCCUCAUAAGAUAUCCAUUGAUAAGUCUAGCUUCAUAAGAGACACUGUUUUCUUCCUUCUAGUUCUUUCUUCUCUCCUUCUGAUCUUGCUUAUUGGGAGAAUUAACCUGUGGGGUGCAAUAACUUUUGUUUCUUUAUACUUUGUGUAUGUGCUUUUUGUAGCAACCACACAUUUCUGCAAUCUCUUUCCCAGGUCUCCUAUAUUGCCCUCUACAAGGAGCUUACUUGCACAUGAAACUGAGGGAUUCAAUGAUUUGGGAGUGCCAUUGGUGGCUUAUGUUGAUGAAGAAAUUCUCAUUCCAAAUGGAAAAGAUGGUAUUCUUGUAGACGGAGAUAAUCUUGUUUCACCAACUUGUUACUACUUUGGCUUGUUUCUGUUGAUUCUGGAUCUUCCUCUUUACUUACCAAGGAGAUUGACAAUACCUGUGGUUUCUGAGGAAAGAUGGUCUAAGCCAUAUGCAGUGAUAUCAGUUACAUUGGCACCACUUCUAUUGACAGCUCUUUGGAACUCUCAAGGAGGAGACAGUAGUGGUCCCAAAACAGGCCUAUUGAUCUAUAUUAUUGGUGGUUUGGCAGGAAUUACUUUUGGGGUCCUUGCAUAUGUGACUACUGACAAUUCCAACCCACCAAAGAAAUACUUACUUCCUUGGCUUGUUGGAGGAUUUUUGAUGAGUGUCACUUGGACUUAUGUCAUAGCUGAGGAACUGGUUGCUUUGUUAGUUUCAAUUGGCCAUGUAUUUAGGAUCAAUCCUUCAAUUCUAGGGCUGACUGUGCUUGCCUGGGGCAACUCAUUAGGGGACUUGAUUGCUGAUAUUGCACUGGCAGUGAAUGGUGGGCCAGAUGGAGUCCAGGUAGCGAUAUCAGGCUGUUACGCGGGGCCCAUCUUUAACACAUUAAUGGGCUUGGGCUUGUCAUUUGUUUUCUCAGCCUGGCAUGCAUACCCAUCUUCCUUUAUCAUCCCCAGGGACUCUUCUCUUUACGAGACUCUUGGGUUUCUGAUGUGUGGCCUGCUUUGGGCCCUAGCUGUCCUUCCAAACAAAAGGAUGAGAAUAGAUAGGACUUUGGGUGCAGGGCUAUUGGUCUUAUACAUCUGCUUCCUUUCUCUUAGGCUGGCCAGGGAAACUGGACUACUUCAACUUCAUGGCUCUGCUUCUUCCAUUGUUCCCUAGAGGGAUGAAGCAUAUAUACUUCACAUAUAUAUAUAUAGAUAUAUAUAUUUUUUUUUGGGAUGUGGGGGGUGGGUGGGAAUUUGUAAUCUUCAUGUCUACCCAUUCUCAAUUACAAGGUAGGACACUCUGAAAUUGUAACCUAUUUUGAAGGGAUGUCUAUCCUACUUUUAUCAGUAAUAUAUAUGUUUCUCAAAAAUGAAAAUUCUUAACCUGAA